ACAGGAGAAGUCCACUUUGCAACCGACAAUUUCAACAAACUACAAGCUUCAUGCAACCAGUUCGUAAAAUACCAUUAGAAUAACCGAAAGCCUCUGGUCUGACGCGUGCAUCGAAUAAUUAGCAUGGUUUUACAUCUUCGGAUUCUUUAUGCUGUCAUAGCUUCAGUAAGUUUUUGCUCAUGUAACCAACAUAAAAUAGUCCAAAAAAGCCUCGGAAAAGCCAACGACGAAUGUGUUUCGUACGGCUCAUCGGAGCAGUGUUUGGCGCGUUGCGUCACUUUGGUCACCCGUGAUUGGAACGAAACGGCCGGGCUAAGUUCAGUGUACGAUCGCUUCUACCAGCCGGACCCGGAAGAUCUUUGCAAUACAAACCGCACGCAGAGAUGUUUGGAGGCACUUCAGUCUACGGUUGCUCCGGAAGACAAAUGCCUUCGGGCAGCCGGUUCUGUCCAGUGUUACCUCGAUCAGUACGGUCAGGUGGACAUGGCCACGUCAAGGUUCGUAAAGCCCGCUCCGGUGCAGCAGCAGCAAAUCAUCUGGGAGUGUGGAGCCAUGCUAGGAUACUCCGGUGAUCAAAUCUUACGUUCGAUAGAUGAUAAGGAUUACACCAUGCAGGAAACUCGAUGCCUCUACCGGUGCUAUCUGAUUCGAAGCGGAAUGUACACCGACGAGGGUGGACUGAACAUGGAACGGUUCUACGUGGCUUGCGGAGGGUAUGAAGAUGAGUUCUACCGGAAUGUGACGGAAUGCGCAGCUCGGGUGCGCAGUUCUACCCGUUGUGAUGACCGAUGCACGCUUGCCCAACGAUUGGCGUCGGAAUGUAUCGGAACACGGUACGAUCAGACUCUGACCCCUGGCCCAGCAACUAUCGAUGCGCGCGAUGGAUCUUCAGUUACCUAUGCGGUUUUCCAAAACUAUGCUGGACGGGACAUGACCAACUCGUUCGUAUUGAACCAGAGAUAAUUUGCCCACGUUAAGGAAAACACCCAUUUUAGAUGUGAAAAACAGUAUGUUAUGCUCUUUUUUAAUUAUGGUCGGACAACAAACAUGCUUUGUAGAAACUGCUAUCUAUUUUGGCUUUCUUUGGGGCUUAUAAAUAAAUAAAAAAAUGCUUGCUUAAUAUGCAGUUAAUGUAUUCUUAUUAAUGUAUUCGAAUCCUCUGAGCAGAAUCUCAAUAAAGAAACUG